AUGCAGAUCUCGGCCGUCACUACUAGAUCGAAGGCCAGAUCCGGUGUGAGAACGGGAUCCAAUCCCCCGGUAUUGUGCGAAGAAGUAAUCAGAGAGCUCAGGAUCGAGCGGAUCCGGCAGGCACAAGAUGAGGAGGCGUGGAUCCACAAUUUGAAGAAGUAUCUGGUUGACGAAAUACGCGAUCUGACACAGGAAGAGGCCAGAUCUUGCGGGUCCAUCGCUAUGAACUAUGAAGUGGAUCAGCACGAGCUCAUGUUCUAUUGCCCUACUACGAAGAAAUCAGCUGCGGAUCGGCACAAAUUGAUGCGACUAGAAACGCUGCAUUAA